AUGGCUGCUGCAGGUAACGUCUUUCCUACAACCCCCCAGAUCCUCUCGCAUACGCCAUCUCACACACACCAAUUCAUGGAAGAAACCUCAACAGCAGCAGUACGCAAGUUCCGCCCCGUAGUAAUAUCAGGACCGUCCGGCACGGGCAAAUCAACUCUGAUAAAAAGACUCUUCGCUGAUUACCCAGACACAUUUGCCCUUUCAGUUUCUCAUACAACCCGCUCCCCACGCCCCGGCGAACAAGAUGGCCGCGAAUACUACUUCACAACAAAAGAUGCCUUCAAAUCCCUCAUCGACGAAAGGGGCUUUAUAGAAUGGGCCCAGUUCAGCGGGAACUACUACGGCACCAGCACCAAGGCCGUAAAAGAUGUAGCGGAGAAAAAGCGCAUUUGCGUCCUGGAUAUUGAGAUGGAGGGCGUCAAACAAGUAAAACGCACAGAUCUCAACGCGCGCUUCCUCUUCGUCGCGCCGCCCUCACUCAAGGUGCUGGAGCAGCGCCUCCGUGGCCGCGGGACGGAGACGGAGGAGAUAAUAUCAGGACCGUCCGGCACGGGCAAAUCAACUCUGAUAAAAAGACUCUUCGCUGAUUACCCAGACACAUUUGCCCUUUCAGUUUCUCAUACAACCCGCUCCCCACGCCCCGGCGAACAAGAUGGCCGCGAAUACUACUUCACAACAAAAGAUGCCUUCAAAUCCCUCAUCGACGAAAGGGGCUUUAUAGAAUGGGCCCAGUUCAGCGGGAACUACUACGGCACCAGCACCAAGGCCGUAAAAGAUGUAGCGGAGAAAAAGCGCAUUUGCGUCCUGGAUAUUGAGAUGGAGGGCGUCAAACAAGUAAAACGCACAGAUCUCAACGCGCGCUUCCUCUUCGUCGCGCCGCCCUCACUCAAGGUGCUGGAGCAGCGCCUCCGUGGCCGCGGGACGGAGACGGAGGAGAGUCUGCAGGCGCGCCUGGAGCAGGCGCGGAAGGAGCUGGAGUUCGCGAAAGAGCCGGGCGUUCAUGAUUUGGUAAUUGUUAAUGAUGAGUUGGAGGCCGCAUAUGGGGUGUUGAGGGAGUGGGUGGUUGAUGGGGGGAGGUUUGGGGAUGGGGAUUGA